UUAAAAGGCGUGGUGAAUUUCGUUAAGUCAAGAAAUCUGGGCGGUAUAAAUAAGUGACCGAGUUGUCACUGCUGCUUUGAGUGCGGAAAUCGGCUGAGAUCGGAAAACAGCUUGAGAAAAGAGAGAGAAAAAAACUUCGUGUUGUCAACCUGCCAAAAAUAUAAAAUAAUAAAAACAGCAAAGGCUCAGGGAAAAUAUCCGAAGUGAAGAAAAUGCAACUGUUCAUCCUGGUCUGCAUUGUCCUUGGUGUCCUGUCAAACACUGCCAACACCUUACCAACAACAACAACAACAACAGCCAGCACAUCAUCAUCAUCAUCAGCAACAACAACAGAAAAAUCCCAUCAUCAUGAUGAUGAACCAGAGCUGAGAACCACAACAAAUGCCUCCAACAGCGCUGAAGGAGAUGAAGAAUCAGAGGAUGAAGAAGAAGAAGAUGAUGAUGACAUUGAGGAAGCACCAGAGGUCGCUCCAGCUCAUGCUGCUGCUGCUGCAGAUGGCGCUUCAUCAGGAAUGAGCAGCAACCCUCAAUUGGAGCAGCAGGUGCGUGCCUUUGGUGACUCAGCUGCUGACGCCAUUUUGGGCUUGUUCCAACUCCGCUUCGCCAGAGACACUGCAUCAGUUAUUCCCAAAGAACCGCAGGUUAUGGUUGAGGAUAAACCUGUAGCGGUGACUGGUUUCAAAAAGCGUCAUCCUCUGACCUCUGCCCCUCAGACCACUACAGAACAAUCAGAGGAUGAAGAAGAAGAAGAUGAUGAUGACAUUGAGGAAGCACCAGAGGUCGCUCCAGCUCAUGCUGCUGCUGCUGCUGCAGAUGGCGCUUCAUCAGGAAUGAGCAGCAACCCCCAAUUGGAGCAGCAGGUGCGUGCCUUUGGUGACUCAGCUGCUGACGCCAUUUUGGGCUUGUUCCAACUCCGCUUCGCCAGAGACACUGCAUCAGUUAUUCCCAAAGAACCGCAGGUUAUGGUUGAGGAUAAACCAGUAGCGAAAAUCCAAGAUUCCAAGCAACAUGGCGGCCCCCAUGCCAGUCUCCUGCAUCAUUUGAUCAUGAAGCGGGCCACAGAAGAAGGACAAGACGAUUUGAUGGGCUCUGCACAAACCAUUCGCGGCUACGCCCCAAACGUCGCCCCCUACGCCAAUUCCAACACUCGGUUUGCCGACUACCACCGAUCCCGACCAAACACUCGUCCAUUAGGAGGCGGCGGUGGUGGUGGCGGCGGUGGCGGCGAUUUCAAGCCAUACGCAACCGCCUUCAGUCCGCAAACAGCACAACGACUCAGCAGCCUUCGCGUCAACACUAGCUCCAAGCGUUUUGGAUUCAGAGAUCAUCCUGCGCCUUACUUCAAAUCCACACCAGUGAAUUUUGGGAAAUUAACGGAGGCCCCCUGGCUGAAUAAAAAGCCCGAGGGAAUCAAUGAUUCGCUGAAAUCAUCGCUGAUGAACAAUGUCACCCAGGAAUUGAUCAACGACACUGUCAGCUCAGAACUCACGGGAAUCAGUGUUGAAGUCUUGGAAGAACGUACUGUCAAGAAAGAAAGGGACAGACAGUUGAAUGACUACAUUGAGGAUGAGCUGUUGAUGCCCGUGGUCAAGGAAGAAGUCGACGACUCUGUCUGGAAAACUCUGGACUAUUUCACAAGAAAUGGAAAAGAAAAAGAGAAAGAAAGGGACAGACAGUUGAAUGACUACAUUGAGGAUGAGCUGUUGAUGCCCGUGGUCAAGGAAGAAGUCGACGACUCUGUCUGGAAAACCCUAGACUAUUUCACAAGAAAUGGAAAAGAAAAAGAGGGCGAUAAAUUGCCAGAAGUGAGCAGCGCCACGUUGGUCGCCAUUGAGGCGUACGCGCGCGGGGAUCCGCCGCCGUCCAAGCUCCGCUCCAUGUACUGGGACACCCUCGUGCCGCACAUCCGCCGCACGCGGCAAGGCGCCGGGCUGGGCCAGAACAUGGCCCUGCUCCGGCUCCAAAAGUCGUAG